UGUUUAGUUUAGAUGAAGUGAUGGAGACUGAUAGGUGUCCUCAUUGGCUAAUAUUAUUUUCUAACAGAAUAUUGGGCAUGGAUAAAUUAUCAAAUAGUCUCUUAGAUAGUCUGUGCUGGUUAGAGAUGAGACUCCAUACACUAUCCCAUCCCAAACCCUGACCAGCUGGGUAUCUGUUUUAGAUAUAGUAGCUGUAACUAUGAAGAAGUUGAUUAGUGGAGAAUUUUUAUUCUCUUUUGGGUGCAUUUGAUGAGUUACAUAUCUAUGCUGUCAAGUCAUCUAGAAAUAUUCUGGUAAGCGUAAAGCUCUAAUGAAUUUAUUAGUCAAAGAAAUGACUAAAUAAAUCUUUGUUUUGCCUCAUAAAAUUGCCUUUUUUGCUGUUAUUGACCCACGUUAGAAGUGAAACCAGUGGUUCUCAUAGUUGCAGUGUGCAUGUUAAACUGGGGAGUAUUCUUUCUCCAAUCUUUAGGUCAUCAGUUAUUUUGCCAGAAAAAUACAUUUUGUGAUCAAAGUAAGAAGCAUGCCAUAUGAAACUGUGAGCCUCUGAUAUCAGUGGAAUCUUGCUUAUAGCCAUGUGGAUGGAAGUAAUGCCUUAUGGAAUUUUGGUGACUGGCACUUUAACAUUUACAAUUGAGGGAAAAAUACACAAUGCAUAUUGGGUAGUAAAAUGUGCUACAUGUGUAGUUUGUACUUUGUAAACGUGGCACACUCCUUUAUACAUCCACUUGUCCGUAGCAACCUAUGGUAUAGGGUCACAGGAGGUGGGUUCUUUGAAUGAAAGCUGACAAACUGAACUUCUACAUUUGCAUUAGGUGGCACUGUACUUUGCCUGUCCUUGGGCAGGAGCGUGGUUGAUGGUAUGGUUACUGUGUGGUUCUAUCUAUGUUGCGUGGAGUUAAAAAAAAAAAAUCAAAACACAAAUUGGUAAGAGAAUGCAAGGUUAAUUUUAAAAAUGGAUUUUUUUCCUGAGAUUGCCAUAAUAUAUUUUAUAAGGUGAAAAUGAAACUAUCUAUAGAGAAUUUAGAGUGCACGAAUUUAAAAGAAUGUCCUUUUGACUACCAAUAUAGGAAAUUAAUAGGGGAAACCCUUCAUGAAAAUCUGUUGUAUAAAGGAGAAUCUUUCUGUAUUUUCAUGAAGUAUCCAAAAAUCGUAGUUGCAAAAUUGUUUGUGCAAUGUGGAUGGGCACAAGUAACAUUACUAAAUACAAAAUGGACUCGGCAUACCUAGUCUUGGUGAUUGGGGGACCUUAGAUUCCUUAGGAUUUGGUUAUGGUGUUGUAGUUUUUGCCACUACAUAUUUUUAGUUGAAUUUGUGGGCUGCUUUAGUGAGAAAUUAAUGUAUGCAGAUGUGUAACUAAAGGUCUUCUUCUUUUGAGAGUUAGAGGUGUAUUGUUUAUGGUUUGGCACUGGUGCUUGUGAUUGGAACUUCUGUCACUAAACCAGCUCUCUGCGUCCCCGUAACACAAAACAUAAGUAAAUGAAAGGAAGAUUAGAUACGUAACUUGAUUUCUAAGAACAACGAAAUAAGAAAAGUGAUUGAAAAUUAGUUGUUGAAAUGACUACUGCUAAACGAGCAUUGCUCAGUGAUUAAAAAAUUGAGAUUACGGGUGAAGUUUUGGAACAGAAUGAUAGCUUUUCAAAUGAGAGGAAAGAAUAGAAUAGUGAAUGAAGUUGUUUUUGUAAUGGCCUCAUUAAGAUGAAGAUCCUUUAUUCCCCUGUGAGAUUAUAGGUGGCUUUAGGGCAUAUUUUCACAAAUACUAGUUGAUUGCUGGGUUACGUGAUAAAAUAGAUUUGGCUAUUAUUGGGUUAAGAGUAUUAAAGUACUUUGCAAGCUUUCUUAUGCCUCCUUUAGAAUUUUUUGAAUCAGUGGGUUUUUGUUUGACUUUUAUGGGGUGUGGCUAAGUUAUGAAGAUCUUUUUCUGACCCUGCUAGAGUUGAGAUUUUACUAGGGAGUGGAUUGUGGAGUCCUACUAUUCAGAUAAGUAAUACGAAAAUUAUCUUGCAUCGAAGCAUUGGUACAAGAUCAUGAUGCUCAUGGAUCUAUGUUAUCUAAUUAGCACAAGAUCAUGGGACAUAUUAGAUUGUGAGUCAAUUGUUAUUUUAUAUUGGCUAAAGUUUCCACUCCAAUUGUAGGUCUUUCAUGAACAAUUUGCUUUUUAGUAGCUUCUUGUUGUGUUAUAUCUUGACAUAUCUUCCUUGCUUAAUACUUCGCCCAUUUAUUUUUACUUGCAUCAUUUCGAUUUCCGCACUAUUCAGUGCACAAUUUCAAUCAUUAAUAUAGUUUUCUCAGAAACAAUCUUUUAAAUACAAGUUUUUGCGAGAAAUAACCUUUUAAAAAAAAUCUGGCAAAAUAAGACCUUAAAUUAUCUUUUUUGCGAGGAACAACCUUGACCAUAUUCCAGGCAUUGACCAAGUAUUUUGCGGCUUCGACUCACUAAAACCAAACAUGGCAUCUCUCCUGACCAAGCAUCUAUUGGCUCUGGGACAAAGAGGUCUAGUGUUUCAUCAGGUGGUAAGGCUCGAGAUAGGAAGGAAUUUCUCCGGAGAUUUGUAGACAUUAAAACUUUUACUUCUACUUUGGAGGACUGGUUUGAAGCUAUAUCAGAUAGUUCCGGACCUGAGACUUUUGAUGUGCCUUUCGAAUUGGUUGAGCUUCAGAAAUUUGAUUAUGCAUUAGAAGGGGUUUCUUUCCAGCAACUUAUUCGUAUGCCUAGUGCUAUCUAUGCCUCUACAUCUGAUGGUGUUGAAACUACUGCAUUUUUAGCCAUUGAAGAUUUUCUACAUGCAAGUGUGAAGGGAUUGUGGGAAGCAUUCUGGAGCGAUGGUGAGCCUUUACCAUUCUAUGUGGCAUGUCUACAUGAUAAGAAUAUGAAGUUCUAUCAGUCUGAAAGGGCAAUUGCCAAUGGUAAACUAGAAGGUCUCUGUGCAGCUGCUAUAUUGCUGAAGAAUGCCAAACAUCCGCAUGGGAAGUGGGAUGAAGUUCUUGAGCUGGCUUUGUUGACGCCUGAUAUUGGAACCCUUGCAGUAGAAGGUGCACGUCUUCCUUCUCUGUCCAUAUUAGGUGAAGCUUUAUAUUUUGCAGUCCGGAUGAUGUUGUCUAGAAGCCUAAGCAAGAAUAGUUUUCUUCAAAGUCCAAGCCCUGUUUUUGUGCUACUUGUUGAUUCUCAAUAUGCUGGUGUGAUAAAAGUUGAAGGGGAUGUGAGCAAGUUGAAACUAAAUGUAAAUAAUGUAUACGAGUCUGCCACAGAAUGGAUAAAGCAACACUCAAAUAUUUCAAUGUCUCCUAUUGAUAAGAUAUGGAACAAGCUUGGCAAUGCUAACUGGGGCGAUAUUGGUGCUCUUCAGGUGCUUUUUGCAACUUACCACUCCAUCAUGCAGUUGGCUGGAAUGCCCAAGCAAUCUAUUGAAGAUUUGGCUGCUGAUCACAGCUCUCGUCUUCAGGCAAGAAGGAUAGAGAGACAACUUGCUGACACCACGUUGAAUGGACAUGGUUUGUUCCAGCACCAGCAUCGCCAUGGCUCGCCAGAAAUUGUUGAAGUUCCUGAUGAAUCGAGUAGAAGGGAGAAAGCUGAGCCAAUGAAGCUAGAAACUGGGUCAGUCUUGUGGUUGGAGGAGUUAAACUACCAGAAAGGCUAUCAGAUCAGUGAAAUUCGAAAUGAUGGUGAACUGACUUACUAUAUAGCAUUUUCUGUUGAAGACCCUGGAAAAUCUCUCUUCUUAUAUAUUGGCUCUCAUCCCUCACAAGUGGAGCCUGCUUGGGAAGAUAUGAAUCUGUGGUACCAGGUUCAGAGGCAAACUAAGGUAUUGACAGUGAUGAACCAGAAAGGCAUAUCAGGCAAGUAUUUGCCUCAACUGGUUGCAUCUGGUAAAAUAACUCACUCUAGUCAUUCUCGGAGAUCAAGCUUCAGUGAUGAUUGCAAUCAUCCCUGGUGGGGAACCCCUGUCCUUGUGACUAGCCCGGUUGGUGAAACGGUAACUGAUAUGGUCAGAAGUAGCUGUUUUGGUUCAGAUGAGGCUAUCAAGUGUUGCCAUGACUGCUUGUCCGCACUUUCUACUGCCUCUUCUUUUGACAUCCGACACGGCGACAUCCGACCUGAGAAUGUGAUUUGCAUUACUUCAGGUGUAGGGCAUCCAUACUUUGUAUUGAUAGGGUGGGGUCAUGCUUUGCUGGAGGAGAGAGAUCGGCCUGCAAUGAAUCUUCACUUUUCAUCUACUUAUGCCCUUCAAGAGGGUAAGUUGUGCUCAGCGUCUGAUGCAGAGAGUUUGGUUUACAUGCUUUACUUCUGUUCUGGUGGAGAUCUUCCCGAGUUGGAUUCAGUUGAAGGGGCGUUGCAGUGGAGGGAAAGAGCUUGGUCUAGGAGGUUGAUACAGCAGAAGCUCGGAGAUAUUUCAGCUGUCCUAAAAGCUUUUGCUGAUUAUGUUGACAGUCUAUGCGGGACUCCGUAUCUAAUUGACUAUGAUAUCUGGCUAAGACGGUUGAAAAGACACAUCCGUGAAGAUGAUCAUGGGAAGGAUAUUGACAUAUCUGGUUAAACACCAUUCCACUUGUGAGUUGCUCACAAUGAACCCCUUGGAAAACCUUAUUGAUAACUCUUGUGCGCUCCAAGAUUGAGGCAGGGAUACCUGAAGCCCACAAAGGCAAGUUUUGUAAUUAAAUCAGUUUUUGAUCGAUGCUAUGGUUGAAACUGGGUGUGGUCUAAUGACAUGAAUUUUUCCAUCGACCUGUAAAUUAACUAAGGUUGAAGCUAAGAUCACCUGGGUUGAGGGAUUUUCUUUUGGGGCACCAUGAUGAUCAGCUUUCAUGCCUCUGAUUUUACUGGAGGCUUCCGACUUUCAUAGCUGAUGCUACCCAGCUAUAUGUUCCUUUUCAAUUCUCUUUUUGGGGGGUUUGUGGGUAUCAAAUUCAAAUGAUUUGUAAUUCAUUUGUAAAGAAUAGGAUGUCCUUUUUUUGGUUUGUUGAUAAUAUGGGUUUAUAUGCUCACAUUGAACUAUGUUUAGUAAAAAAAAAAAACCCAAAAGUGUUCAUGUAAUAUCACCCUAGUAUAUAUUGUGUAUUUGUGUGCAUACUUUUUGAUA